UUCAACUUCACCCCCCUCCACCUCCACCUCUGCAGCUAUAACCUCCUCUUCUUCAAUUAUGGACCAGUGACUUUACGAGCCCAGAGAGAGACAGACAGACAGAGACUAUAAGAGAUACAGGGGCCAUGGUGUUUCUUCUCAUCACUUAUCCAUCAUUUUGAUCAAGAAACAAAACGAAAAUGCUGACCUGCAUAGCUCGUGCUGCUAAUCAAGCUGAAGGACUCAGUGAUGAUCAAGAUAAUCAAUCUCCAAAUACGAAGCACUCUCUCAAAUCUAUCACUUCACAGCAGAUCAAGGACAUAGCGUUGAAGGCGUCGGGGGUUUAUCGGAACUGCUCGCCUUGCACGGGACCGGCGGUGACUCACCAGAACCCGCAAUGUACAGAGUCCGAAUCGUCGUCGUCGUACAGGAGGACGACAAGUUCGAAUUCAAGGCAAUGGGGGAAGGAGAUGGAGGCGCGAUUGAAGGGUAUAUCUUCUUCUUCUUCGAGUGGAGGGAGAACGCCGGUGGUGUCGGCGAGUGGUCGCCGGGACGAUAAUCCGGUUGUGUUCGUUGAGGAGAGUGAACCUAAACAAUGGGUAGCUCAGGUGGAACCUGGUGUUCUCAUCACUUUCGUUUCAAUGCCACGUGGUGGAAAUGAUCUCAAACGCAUUUGCUUCAGCCGUGAGAUGUUCAACAAAUGGCAAGCUCAAAGGUGGUGGGGGGAGAAUUAUGAGAAAGUAAUGGAACUGUACAACGUCCAGAGGAUGAACAGGCAAGCUUUCCCACUCCCAAUUACAUCCUCUUCACGAAUUGAGGAUGAGGGAAUUGAGGAUGAGGAUGAGAGUUGGAAAAGAAUAGAGUGUGGUGAUGAAGAUUGUCCUGUUACGCCUCCAUUAAGUAAGGAAAGGAAAGCAAAAGGAACAGGAAUGGGAUAUUCGUCGUCGAGCAGCAUUAAUAAUGGAGGAACAAAGAUGGUAGAGAGUUUGUCGUCAAUAGAUGCCUCAGUGAGAACAAGCAGCUCAGAAGCAGCAGAUGCAGAUGGGUCGGGAGAAGUGGUGCGGGUUAGCAAUAACGUGGAAAAGGAAUGGGUUGAAGAGGAUGAAGCUGGCGUAUAUAUUACCAUCAGGGCUCUGCCUGGUGGAGGGAAAGAGCUCAAGCGUGUCAGAUUCAGUCGAGAGAAGUUUGGGGAGAUGCAUGCCAGGCUCUGGUGGGAAGAGAAUCGUGCUAGGGUACAUAAACAGUACUUAUGAAUAUUGAAUAUGCUAUGUUUUAUUUAUUUCAAGAAUGGGGUAUAUCUAUAUAUAUAUAUAUAUAUAGUUUCAAGAAUGGGGUGUUAAUUUCUUCUACCUGAGAGAGAUUUGAGACUGGUGGUUUCUUCUCUCUUUUUUUUUCACUCUCCAGUAGUAAGUAGUAUGUGUAUGUUAAUGUGCCUGGAGAUAAAUGUAGUUAGUUUGGGGGUAAGAGAGAGAGGUUCUUAAAUUUGGGGUAUACAAGUUGUAACAAUAUAUACAAUAUAUGAACAAACACUUUCUGUUGUUAUUGUUCA